UCCGAGCCGCUCUCAUGGCGGUGGCCAGGAAGAUCAAAACUUUGCUGACGGUCAACAUCCUGGUGUUCGUGGGCAUCAUCCUCUUCUCGGUGUACUGCCGCCUGCAGGACCGUUCUGAGGCACUGGUGCAGGUCGUGCGAGGCGCCGACCGCCGGAUGCGCAAUCGGCUCUCCAAGGCGAGUGCUCUGGCUGACCGCGAGGCCAUCCUGCAGCGCCUGGACCAUCUGGAGGAGGUGGUCUACAACCAGCUGAAUGGCCUUGCAAAGCCCAUUGGGCUGGUGGAGGGACCGGGUGGCCUGGGCCAGGGAGGAGUGGCGGCCACUCUGCAGGAUGAUAGCCAAGAGACCGAGGGCAAGUUCGAGGAGUUUGGGUACAAUGCACAGCUCAGUGACCGCAUCUCCCUGGAUAGGAGCAUCCCCGACUACAGGCCCAAGAGGUGCAAACAGAUAACGUAUUCUGAAGACCUUCCCCAGAUCUCCGUGGUCUUCAUCUUUGUCAACGAGGCACUUUCAGUCAUCCUGCGCUCUGUGCACAGCGUGAUCAACCACACUCCCUCCCAGCUCCUGAAGGAAGUCAUCUUGGUGGAUGACAACAGCGACAAUGCGGAACUCAAGUUCAAUCUGGACCAGUAUGUCCACAAAAGGUACCCAGGCCUGGUGAAGGUCGUGCGCAACAGCCGUCGGGAAGGUCUGAUCCGUGCCCGGCUGCAGGGAUGGAAGGUGGCCACAGCUCCCAUUGUUGGCUUUUUUGAUGCCCACGUGGAGUUCAACACUGGCUGGGCCGAGCCCGCCCUUGCGCGGAUCCAGGAGGACCGCCGGCGCAUCAUCCUGCCAGCCAUUGACAACAUCAAGUACAGCACAUUCGAGGUACAGCAGUAUGCCAGCGCUGCCCACGGCUACAACUGGGGCCUGUGGUGCAUGUACAUCAUUCCUCCGCAGGACUGGCUGGACCGAGGCGACGAGGCAGCGCCCAUCAGGACACCCGCCAUGAUUGGCUGCUCAUUUGUGGUGGACCGGGAGUACUUCAGGGACAUUGGCCUGCUGGACCCAGGCAUGGAGGUGUACGGCGCAGAGAACAUUGAGCUGGGGAUGCGGGUGUGGCAGUGUGGCGGCAGCAUGGAGGUACUCCCCUGCUCCCGUGUGGCCCAUAUCGAGCGUACCAAGAAGCCAUACAACAACGACAUUGACUACUAUGCCAAGCGAAAUGCACUGAGAGCUGCGGAGGUGUGGAUGGAUGAUUUCAAGUCCCACGUGUACAUGGCGUGGAACAUCCCCAUGACAAACCCAGGAGUGGACUUCGGGGAUGUGUCUGAGAGGUUGGCCCUGCGCCAGAGGUUGAAAUGCCGCAGCUUUAAAUGGUACCUGGAGAACGUGUACCCUGAGAUGAGGAUCUACAACAACACCCUCACGUACGGAGAGGUGAGAAACAGCAAAGCCAGUGGCUACUGCCUGGACCAGGGGGCAGAAGACGAUGACCGAGCCAUCCUCUAUCCCUGCCACGGCAUGUCCUCACAGCUGGUGCGUUACAAUGCUGAUGGCCUCCUGCAGCUGGGACCCCUGGGCUCUACAGCCUUUCUGCCAGACUCCAAGUGCCUGGUAGAUGAUGGCCGGGGACGCAUGCCCACCCUGAAGAAGUGUGAGGAUGUAGCCAGGCCUACGCAGAGGCUAUGGGACUUCACCCAGAGUGGCCCCAUCGUGAGCCGAGACACAGGUCGGUGUCUGGAGGUAGAGAUGUCUAAAGACGCCAACUUUGGGCUUCGGUUAGUGGUACAGCGCUGCUCGGGGCAGAAGUGGAUGAUCCGGAACUGGAUCAAACAUACCAGGCACUGACCUCUGCCCCCACCCCACCACCACACACUCCGGCCCUUGGAUGCUUGACGGCUGCAAGAGUCAGGUCCUGGACUGGAGCCAGGAUGGGAACUUCUCUCCCACUCCCACAGACCCAAAGCAAUGUGGGCCCUGCACACCUCAGGGCUGGGCCCUGUCACCUGGGACAGCAG